AUGAUAUCGGCCAUAGAAGACCUUGCCCGGCAGAUUUUGGGAGCAGGAGCUACCUGGACGGAAUUACACCAGUUCGUCCUAAGGAAUAGCCUUGUUCCCAAAGACAUACCCCUAAGAGGAAGCUGCUACGGGCAUAUAAAAGAGUUGUGUAAUAUCAAAGGAUGGCCGUUACCAUUGGAUUCCGUCAACCUGUCGCCAGAUAGCCCUGCCUGCCUAAUACAUUGGAGGAUCUUGGUAGCCCUUCUGGAUGUCACCUCGGAUGGAGUCCGAAACCAUUUCAGGAACUUCGGGAACCUUCUGCCACUGCCAGGACCAUCGCCAUCUGUGCAAGCCACGCCAACAGCAGAGCUUCCCGGAACAUCCACUCGACCGACUCCAUCCUCAGCGCCGCCGAAUCCAGAGAGACUUCCCAGGGGUUUUGACACCCAUUUCCACUCCGAUAGGAUGCGCAGCAGGCUCCAUCUGGACGCUGCCACACCCCUGGAAGAGGUCCUGGACAAGGCCGGCCAGCCAAAAGAGGUAACCAUCAACCUUCAGAAGGCGCUACAGAUCUUUUGCGACCCAACAACCUGGCCCCAACAACCAACUUUCCAUCAGUGUUGGAAGACAGCUGUCGGUUUCCACCCAAAGAAUGUGCAGGCCAUGGACCCCGACCAACUAGACAAGUUAAGGCACCUGCUAUCAUCCCAGGAUGUAAUCGCCUUCGGGGAAAUUGGCCUGGACUUCACUGUGGGAAACUGGCAACGGCAAGGGCAAGUCCUAGGGCAGCUCUUCAAGCUGGCACCAUCAACCAAGCCAAUCAUCCUCCACCUCAGGGGCACUACCGCAGACACUUAUCAACAGGCUCCACUACAGGAAUGCCUACAAAUCGCCAAGACUGCGGGAGUACCGUCCACCCAGAGAUUCCAUCUCCAUUGUUUCUCUGGGUCAUUUAAAGAAGUGGCACUGUGGACCAAGCACUUCCCUGAGACGUGGUUUGGAUACACCGGGAUGGUAGCCAGCUUUGAUGACCAACAACUAUCAGCGUUGCGGUUCCUUAACGCCAAGCGCUUCCUUUUGGAGACUGAUGCCCCAUAUCUGUGGCCUCGCCCAGGUCGCCGAGGAGUUAACAGCCCAAGACUACUGGGUGAAGUUGCAGCUAUGGUGGCCGCUGCCCGACAGAGUACCACCGCCAACAUCCUGGAGCGUGCUUAUGUCAACGCAAGGCAGCUGUACAGGGUAUAA